CUGGUGUAAUGAAAGGGAGAGGCACCGUGACUGUAGAAUUUGGCAAGAAUCCAUGCGCAUGGAUGUAAAACUAUGCAAUGAACAGGGGCACAAUUGUUAUUUUCCCUUUCAGCUAGAGGCUUGCUUAAGAGGGGGGCAGUAUUUCCCACUUUCGCUGCUACAGAGCACCCAGUCUGUGUUGUUUCAAGCAAUCGGGCGCGCGCUGUUGAGGGGGUAAUUGAGCUGCAGAUUUUCUCAGCACGCUCACGGAACGUGUCUAUCUGCGCGAGAACGUGUGUGACUGAGUGGUGGCAAAUGGCUGCCAGAGAAAGUGAGAAAGACAACAACAAAUGAAUCCUUGAGAGAAGACGAAAACAGUGAGGAAGAGGAUGGUGAGCAGCCAGCCGAAGUAUGAGCUGAUCCAGGAGGUGGGGCGUGGCAGCUACGGCGUGGUGUACGAGGCGGUGGUGAAACGCACCGGAGCUCGGAUGGCCGUUAAGAAGAUCCGCUGCCACAGCCCAGAGAAUGUAGAGCUGGCCCUCAGGGAAUUCUGGGCCCUGAGCAGUAUCCAGAGCCAGCACCCCAACGUCAUCCACCUAGAGGAGUGUGUCCUGCAGAGAGAUGACCUGGCUCAGAGGAUGAGCCACGGGUCCAGCUCCCCACUAUACCUAGAGCUGGUGGAGACAUCUCUGAAGGGAGAGAUAACCUUUGACCCAUGCUGUGCCUACUACCUGUGGUUUGUCAUGGACUUCUGUGACGGAGGAGACAUGAACGCUUACCUGUUGUCCCGUAAACCCAGCCGCAAGACCAACACCAGCUUCAUGCUGCAGUUAGGAAGCGCCCUGGCCUUCCUCCACCGAAACCAGAUCAUCCACCGAGACCUGAAGCCUGACAACAUCCUCAUCUCCCAGGGAAGGACCUUGGCGGGAACACCCGAGCCCACCCUGAAGGUUGCCGACUUCGGCCUGUCCAAGGUCUGCUCCACAUCGGGUCUUAACCCUGAGGAACCAGCAUCUGUCAACAAGUGUUUCCUUUCCAUGGCGUGUGGCACAGACUUCUACAUGGCUCCAGAGGUGUGGGAGGGCCACUACACGGCUAAAGCAGACAUCUUUGCCCUGGGCAUCAUCAUCUGGGCCAUGGUGGAGCGGAUCACGUUCGUGGACGUGGAGACCCAGAAGGAGCUCCUGGGAAGCUACGUGCAGCAGGGGGAGGAGAUCGUGCCCCUGGGGGAGGCGCUCCUGGAGAACCCCAAGAUGGAGCUGCUGAUCCCGGCAAGGAUGAAGAGCAUGAAUGCCGGCAUGAAACAGCUGAUCAGGGAGAUGCUGUCGUUCAACCCUCAGGAGAGGCCUGACGCCUUUGAACUGGAGCUCCGACUGGUCAGGAUCGCCUGCAGAGAGCUCGACUGGGACACGUGAUAAUGGGGGUGGAUAGGAGGAGAGAGGACCAUGGGACUUGUAGUCACAGCGUCAAGCACAUGUAUCUAGGUCUAAUUCACCACUGUUAGCUCUGGUGGCGGAGGCCACACAAUGGGAGUUUUUUUCUUUUCAAGGGAACAAUUCAAAGUUUGCAAAGAUUUUGGCUUUGCAGUUGGAUAUUGGAUCGGAUGUACUGGUAAACCUAGCUCAACAGGUUGACAGCCAGUCUGUUUGUUUUGAAUGUUAACAUAGCAAGGCUGUCCAUAAGCACAUUCAGCUGUCUGUCUCUCAGAAGGAGAGGUGUUGCUAGCUACCCCACUGCUACUGGUUUAGGCUAACCUGUUAGAAGUUGACUCUGUAGUUUGCCUACAAAUGCCACCCCAGACUCUGUGCUAAUAAUCAUACUAAGGAUGCAAUUUAUGAUACAGGGAGACUGCAUCUUGUUAUGAUAUGGAUGCAAUUAUAAACAAAGGUCCAAUUUAUACAAACACCUCAGUGAUCGUAAACUGUGCACGGCUGGUUUUACCAGUAUUCUGUGACCACACCCUGCUCCUCCCUAUCAACUGACACGCAAGCGCACACUUCCCACUGCUCAGGUAAAAACUAAGAUAUACUGUUGGUUGGGAUUUGUAGACAAACAGCUGUUUUUGAAGAGAGCAACAUGACAUAUCACAGAGGCCUGUGUAUUCUGGGCUCGCCCUGAGCCAAUUAUGGGAAUUAGGCUAGUGACACAGUCUUGGUAUGCCAGCCCAGUGCAGAAGUAACUUAACAACUCCCAGCCCAGUGCAGACAACCUAACAAUGCCCAGCCCAGCGCAGACAUGACCUAACAACCCCAGUCAGCCAGUGUCAUGAUUGGCCCGGAAUGAAAAUAAUUUGAGAAAUAGAAUGGAGUAUUUGGAAUGUAAUUAACUUAAGUCACAUAACUUAAAGGCCAGAGACAACAAGCUGCUUAUUCUAAAUGCAUAAGGGAAUGUGUUCCUGCCCGAAACUAACAUCAAUGUAUUUAGCUGAAGAGCCAGUGUUCUGCUUGUAUUAUUAUAAUAUAGAGCUUGAAUUUAGACUUGCAUUCGCACAAUUGAAGGCCAGUUCAGUUCCGAAUGAAACCUGUCUGAACGGUAUGGUUAGGGGUUCGACUUCGGUGGCAAUCACUUGACGACAAAUGCACUUUUAUUUAGUUUUCCUUUAUAAUAACUUACCCUGCUAUUAUCUAUCACCUUGAGAAGGCUGGAUAUGGUGUGAUGACUCCAAACAGUGUUUACUAGGGGCCUGGGAGGACGUAUUGUCAAACAGCAAACAAGUAGUCUAAUUAUGCAUGCAAUGCCUCUCUCACACACACACCCCGGUGUAUUGUCAGCAAACAGAAAGUCUACUUAUGCAUGCAAUGCCUCACACCUUCAGAGAGGAAGAGAGCGCGAGGGGAGACACCAGCAGCACAGCACACACUACUCCCUGAGCCCAGAGGAUCUAUAGUUUGACACACAAUACCGUUUGUUUAACCUUCUCUCAUAUAUAUAUAUAUAUAUAUAUAUAACACAGUUAACAAACUAUAGUUUUGGCA